AUGUCACGUAAAGGAUCUGUCGACUCUCUUUCUUUGCCCAUCAGCAUCGCCAGCAGCCCCAUGGAGGCAGCCAUGGUCAGCAUUAUCAACUCCUUUGUCUCCGGUACCUCCAGCGCCGCCUUUAUGGAUUUGCUCGCCAACAUGGCUGUCCAGACCUAUGUCAAGGCCGACCCGGGUUCCGAUUCCGAUGCUGCUGACGACAACCAAGACAACGACAGCAGCAACAGCAACAGCAACAGCAACAGCAACAGCAACAGCAACAGCAACAGCAACAGCCACAGCAACAGCAAUAACAAUGGCGACAACGGCAGUGGUGAUCGCGGAGCCUCCUCUUCCACUACUACCGCUGCAGCUGAUACUACUGCUACCACCACCACUACCGGCAUUACCGACACUCCCCGUCGUCGUCGCACCGCUGGCGGCGGUGGCGGCGGCGGCGGCACUCCCCGCAAGCCCGGCGGUACUCCUCGCAAGAAGCCCAUGUCCAAGGCCGACAUCGAGAAGCGCGGCUCCUGCGAGCGCUGCAAGAAGUCCAAGGCCAAGUGCAAGCCCAUCCCCGAGUGCAUCCGUUGCGCCAAGGACGGUAAGGAGUGCUCGCUCAAGGAGACCAUCAUGCAGGACACUGGUCGUCGUUUGGGCGCUUGCCAGCGUUGCAAGAAGGGCAAGAUGGGCUGCAAGAAGAUUGAGAGCUGCGGUCGUUGCCACAAGGCCGAGCAGCCUUGCUCUUGGGCUUCCCCUAAGGUUUAG